AUGUUUAUCUGGAGAUUCGUGUGUGUCUGGAUGCUGUGUGUUUCCUUCAGUGGAGCCAUUUGUCCAUACCAAGAAUGUUCUUGCGGAGGGUUCCGAAUCUCUUGUCAGAACCGAGGACUUACAUCGAUGCCAUCCUUGCUAACAGGGGACAACGGUACUGACUACACAGUGCUCUACCUUGACGGCAACAACAUUACGUCUAUACCAGCCAGAAGUCUGCCUCCAGGACUAAAAGAGAUUUCACUGAGCAAUAAUUCAAUAUCACACAUCGACAACACUGCUUGGGACGGUUCCUCGUCCACGUUGAGAAAGUUAACAUUCAACCGAGCAAACUUCACCAAAAUUCCUGAUGCCUUUCUUCAUCUGGAAGCUCUAGAGAUUUUAGAAAUUUACAAUUCCGUCGUAGUGGAUUGGAAUGAAGCUGCUAUGAACCACUUAGGCAAAAGAAUACAGACACUUUACCUACAGAAUGUUGGCUUGACAGAAUGGCCGGCCUGGAUUAGGAACUUUUCUAAUAUCAACCAAUUAAGCGUUCUCUACUGCUCAAUCUCUCAGCUGCCCGACGAUGCGCUGGACAACCUUCACGCCUUACACCUCUUGUCCAUAAUUCAUUGUGAGCUGGAAGCAAUUCCCAAAACCGUUUCAAAUAUCAAAUCCUUACAGUUGCUCCAGCUUCUUCAAAACAAUAUAACGGAUAUAACCUGGCUGCCGGCGUCUGGUUACCUGUCAUCGUUAAAUCUAAACACAAACAGCAUCUCUGACCCAGUUCAUCUGGGAACUGCACUGCGUCCAUUAGCUGACAUUUUACGAUACAUUAAUUUGAAGCAAAAUAAAUUAACAAUAAUUCCGGAUUUGCCGUUUAUGACCAAUUUAGGCGAGUUAGAUCUAUCCUAUAAUUUAAUAUCUGACACAGAGUCGGGUUCAAUGCCUGAAGGAUUGUUCAAUCUUAUAUUAACAGGCAAUUUGUUAGCUUCAGUUCCCCGUAUUUACUUCAAUGCUACCUCUGUGACAUAUAUAUACCUCGGUUUUAAUCAGAUCACGACCAUUCAGGACACUGAUUUUCCUCCUUGGAUAAUAGAAGCAAAUCUAGAGAGCAAUUAUCUCACGGAAAUAAGAAACUCCAGUUUCCCUGAGAACUCCAGUCUAGUAUUUUUAGAUUUGAGUGGUAACCCAAUCAUCCGUAUCGACACGCUUGCUUUCUUUAAUCUGACUCGUCUUAUACAUCUCAACCUACAUCAGACAAAACUGACUCGCAUGCCACUGGCUCUUUCACGUUUGACUGGGUUAAAACUGCUGGACGUCAGGGACAACCCUGAGCUAGUUUGUUCUUGCGCUGAAAGAAGUUUGGAGUCUUGGAUCAAAGAACUGCUUACUGUGGCAGGGGAUUGUGGUAUCACCAGUGUUCAGGAUUUUUAUGAUACAUUAGGGGAUUUGUGUCCGAUUUGA